CGAUCGUUUCGGGAACCAAAACAAACACUUCCACCCUCACCACAAACCACUGUCACCACAAUCACCCUUACCCUCACCGUCACGAUGGCUGACGAAAUCGCUCUUGCUCCGCAGGCUAACUUCAACAUCAUUGCUACCGAGAUACUGAAGAUACCAAAUACACCUGCACUCGCCGGCGGCCAGCAACUUCUCGCCGAGCUCCGCGCAAUAAGGGAGCAGUCAACGAGAGACACGAUGGCAAUCCGACAAGACAUUGCAAAUGUCCGCCAGGAAAUUGUUGAUGUUCGUCAAGAGAUUGUUGAUGUUCGUCAAGAGCUUGUGACUAUAAUUACUGCGUCAAAUCACAAUAAUGCAGCCCGGGUUCAGAAUACAUACCUCCAAAGUCAAAACGAAAAUCUUGUAUCGUUUCUCAACGCUACUACCGGUGCCGCUAUCAUUGAUUUCCCUCACACCUCAUUGGAACUCGAACGAAUGGCAAAAAGACAAUUAGAUUCUGUACUACAACAACUGGGUAUUCCUACGCAGGGUGCAAAUUUGGCGGAUAAGAAGCGGUUGCUCAGAGCUCACAUCGGGUUACCAGAGGUCGCAGGCCCACCGCCUCCAUAAGAGACACAAUUCUAGUAAUAUGGGACACGCUGCAUGAAGUGCACGAAUCAGAACUGUAUUAAUAGUUUACGAUUGAUGAGAACCAAGAUCAUGACCUGAAGCAGCGGCUAAAUUCCCUGCAACAACUUUACAUAGACAAACCAAAGCGCCCAUCUACGACGAGGUAGGUAUGUACUCACUGAGAAAGUCAAUGAUGUGAGCCAGCCUGACGUCUACUUAAAAACCUCUCUCUCCAAGCCCUCGGUCUCCUAACGAAAGCCGAGCGAUCUUGAAGCUCCGACGAACAGGCGGGAAUCGAUGCUCUGGAAGGAUCUUCUACAGUACGAGGAC